AUGGAUAUAGCAAAGGAAAUCUACCACGUCAGCUAUAGCCGUCGGGACGAGGUCUCAUCCAGCUGUGACUUGGAUGGAAAGAAGAACAUCUUGGUCUCCAUGAGUCGUCUUCCUCAGGACUGCCUGAGCCUAUUAGAGAUUGCCUUAGUGCUAAAUACCAUGGGGUGCAUCCACAGUCUAAGCUGCAAGCCCAAGGUUUUUCGAGAGUCCAUUUCUGUCCUGGACAUCAAAGCCACCAUUGACUCCACGCCCACAAGAAUUGAUGAGUCAUCUAGUGUCGUGCUGAGAUACAGGACGCCCCACUUCCGAGCCACCGCUGAAGUCUUAGUGCCUCCAAUUACCGGGAAGGAGACCUGGAGGGUGGGAUGGAUUCAGGCCUGCAACCAUAUGGAGUUCUACAACUACUAUGGAGACUUGGGCAUGUCUAGCUGGGAACUGCCAGAUCUGGAGAAUGGUAAGAUCCCAGCAAUUAGUGAUUCAGAUGGAGUCAACUACCCCUGGUAUGGCAACACUACUGAGACCUGCACUGUUACUGGCCCCACCAAAAGAGACACCAAGUUUACCGUCAGUAUGAAUGAUAAUUUCUACCCCAGUGUUACGUGGGCAGUGCCUGUUAGCGAUUCCAACGUGCCUAUGUUGACUGGCAUCCGGCGGGACCAAAGUUUUACUACUUGGUUGGUGGCCAUCAACAUUGCCAGUGGUGAACUUGUUGUCCUACAUACCAUCAAGUGGAGGAUGAUACUGGAGAUUGAGGUCAAACCCACAUUACCAUUGGGACAGCGCGCCAAACUGCAGGAACCCUUUAGCCAGGAGCAACCACAAGUGCUCACCAAAAAUGAACCCAUCCCUCCUAGCGCCCUUGUGAAACCGAAUGCCAAUGAUGCACAGGUCCUUAUGUGGAGGCCAAAAAACAAACCGGCAGUAGUUGUGAUACCCCCAAAGCGUCGGUGA